UCCCGUCCCGAGCGGCACUUCCGUUUCCGGCCAGUGUGCUAAAAUGGCGGCGUCUGGGCUGUCGAAGGCGGAGUACCUUCGGCGGCGCUAUUUGGGAGGCGAGGAGGAGUCCGAGGCCAAGAAGCGGCGGAGGAGGAAGAAGAAGAAGGAGGAGGAGGAAGGGGCGAAGGAGGCGGCGGUGGGCCGGAUGCGCAUAGUGGAUGACGACGACACAAGCUGGAAAAGCGUUCCUGUGGAGCAGGAGAAAGAGGACGAUGAAGGGGACGAGGGAGACUUGCCUGUGGUGGCAGAGUUCAUUGAUGAACGCCCAGAUGAAGUCAAAUGGAUGGAAGUAUUCCGCACCAGUAACAAAUGGAAGCUGUUGGGAGAGCAAAAUGAAGUGACCCAAAGAACUGACCGUCCUGCUUUUGUAAAAUCAACAAAUAGUUCAGAAGCUGCAAAGCAAAAAAACCCACUACAUUUUCCAGACCAGUCCCCACCUGAGAGAGGCCGCCAUAAUUCCCCAGACCAGUCCCCAACCAGGAGGGGGCGCCAUGACUCUCCAGACCAGUCUCCUCCCAGAAGGGGCCACCAUGAUUUGCUAGACCAGUUCGCACCCAGGAGGGGCCGCCAUGACUCCAAAGACGGGUCUCCAACCAGGAGGGGCCACCAUGAAUCCCCAGACCAGUCCCCACCUAGGAGGGUCCGCUAUGAUUCGCCAGACCAGUCCCCACCUAGGAGGGGCCACCACCACACCAAAAAUGGGUCCCCACCCAGGUGGGGCCGCCAUGAUCCACCAGACCAGUCUCCUCCCAGGAGGGCCCCCCACGAUUCAUCGGAUCAGUCUCCACCCAGGAGAAGCUGCCACAACUUACCUAAUUUAUCUGUUAAAAGGCUCCAUUCUGGAGCAAGCAUAAAUAAUUCUAGACCUUUGAGUGAAGGCCAACAGGAGCGCUUCCCAAAGAAGGACUCUGCCCAUCUGAAGAGGCCGGCUACUCCUGAAGCGUCAGCACCUCGGAAGAAAACACACAGUUCUGAUGCAAACCAGUUGUUUCCUCGGAAACAGCCAUCCUCCCAAGGCUCUCCAGGCCAUAAGAAAUCUCAUCCGAGAGCACCUUCCCCAAGGAAGCGCCAGAGGCACGAUUCUGAUUCUGGUUCUGAUUCCCACUCACUCCCGCGGGGCAAUGCCAGAGCCUCCUCUGACUCAGAUCUCUCCCCACCACGGCCCAGUCGCAACAUGUUGCAAUGGCAAAACUCUCCUUCAGAUCUCUCCCCACCCAGAAGGAAGCACCGUGGGUCUUCGGACUCUGAUUUGUCUCCUCCCCGAAGGGGUCAAGCGGCCUCAAAGAAAACCCACAGAUCCAAGAGUCCUCCUGACCGUUCAUCACCUCAUUGGACUGAGGACUCCAAAGAGAGGAGCAGCAGCCAAAGGGGCCCUCAGAUGCUCUCAGGUGGCAAGGCUGGCUUGGUAUCAGCUGAGUUGCUACGGAGGGAGCAGCAGGAUCUGAAGCGGCAGGGUGGAAGCAGCAGCAAACAUCUGGAAGCUCAAUCGCAAAAUGCCGAAACUGUUUUCCGGGAUAAAUCGGGUCGAAAGAGGGACUUGAAGCAGGAGAGGCUGGAACAGCAGAAGAAAGCAGAAGAGAAAUCUGAGCGAGAGGAGCAGUAUGCCAAGUGGGGGAAGGGCCUCGCACAGAGCAGGCAGCAGCAGCAGAAUAUAGAGGAUGCUGUGAAGGAAAUGCAGAAGCCUCUGGCCCGGUACAUUGAUGACCAAGACUUGGACAAGAUGCUGCGGGAGCAGGAGAGAGAAGGCGACCCCAUGGCCGACUUCCUUAGGAAGAAGAAGGCCAAGGAGAAGAAAGACACAAAAGAAAAGCCAAGGUAUAAUGGACCAGCACCCCCACUCAACAGGUUUAAUAUCUGGCCUGGGUAUCGCUGGGAUGGAGUUGACAGAUCAAAUGGUUUUGAGCAGAAGCGCUUUGCAAGAAUUGCCAGCAAGAAGGCUGUGCAGGAGCUGGCCUACAAAUGGAGUGUGGAGGACAUGUAAGGAAUGAGUGGCCCAUUUGCGACCUGGGAGAACCUGCUCACCACAUUGGAUCUGCUGCCAGGCACAAUCUUCUUUGCCACAGCACUGUCCCUAACAACUCAAAGGGGCUUCAGGCUCCGCCCAGAAGCUCGUGGAAAGGCAGGGAAAUGGCUUCAGCCCGGCAGAAGGGGAAGCUUAUAAGGUUCCUGGGGCAUAGACUGUGCUAGAAGGACUGGAAGAGUCAGUCCUGGUGGAGAUGUCCCAAGUCCAGGGUGAACAGACGUUUUUGACUAGACUGCAACACUUGAAUGAAACAGCUUCUUUGAUCUCGCCAAGCAGGAAGAGAUGUUGCCGCUGACCUUGGCAGGGACCUCUUCAGUGAACCUUCCUUUCAUGCCCAAGUGUGGAAGGUUUGGGCUGUAUUGUUGUGCUAGAUGGGUUUUUGAUGCCCUUAACAGGUUUGCGGUUGGGCACUUGGAGCACUCAGUUAAGUGCAGUGUCUAGUUAGGCGUCCUUGGAGAAAUUGAACAAACGGCCUGCUGUUGAGGGCCUUCUGUUGGAAGUGUACUGAAAAGCUAAAUACAAUGACUUUUUCAUAGGAAUCUGGAUUCCGUGCAGCUCAGGGGACAAGGAUGGGGUGGGGAGGGCUCUUCACAGAUAAUAUUUCUUCUAUCCUUUGCAAUUUGUACGUACAGUUUGUAAAUAACAGCUUUUUACAAAAACAUCACUGGUGUGUGAUAUUUUAAAUGCUAGUGUCAUAUUUUGGUAGCAGGAAAUGAGCAGGAUGACACCUCACUGGCUGGAGCUAUUACAAGUUUUUUAAUAAUGAAGACAUUU